AUGAAGCCUGUGGGAAUGAUUAAGCAUUUACAUGUCGAGCCAUAUAUCUUCGAUGCCUUUCGAAAUCAGACAGACUCCCAGCGAACAUUUCGUGAAGUGAUGUUUCUGCAGGAGUUUGGACGACAUCCGAACGUCAUUAAGCUGUUUAAUAUUCAUAAAGCUGACAAUGACAGGGACAUAUAUCUCGUGUUUGAGUAUAUGGAAGCCGAUUUACAUAAUGUCAUCAAGAAAAUGACCAUAUUGAAAGACGUACAUAAGCAAUAUAUCAUGUGUCAGCUGUUCCGUGCUAUUCGUUUUUUGCAUAGCGGAAAUGUGUUGCAUAGGGACUUGAAGCCAUCAAAUGUUCUGUUGGAUGCUGACUGUCGGGUCAAAUUAGCGGAUUUCGGUUUGGCACGGUCUUUGUCUUCGCUAGAAGAUUACCCAGAAGGGCAAAAUAUGCCCGAAUUGACAGAAUACGUUGCCACACGAUGGUAUCGUAGCCCAGAGAUCUUGCUAGCGGCGAAGAGAUACACGAAAGGUGUCGACAUGUGGAGUUUAGGCUGUAUUCUAGCUGAAAUGCUCUUGGGUCGGGCACUAUUCCCUGGAACGUCAACUAUUAAUCAAAUAGAGAGAAUUAUGAAUACUAUAGCUCGGCCGAGUAGAGCAGAUAUAGAAAGUAUAGGUAGUCACUAUGCUGUAUCGGUGCUCGACAAAAUGCCUCAAAGGCCACGAAAAACAUUGGAAUCUAUGAUUACCACUAAUAAUCCUCAUGCUCUUGAUCUUAUUCAUAGGUUAUUGAUUUUCGCUCCACAUCGUCGCCUUACAGUCGAGCAGUGCCUCGUUCAUCCUUAUGUUCUGCAGUUUCAUAAUCCUGCUGAUGAACCGAUAUUGCCCUAUGAUGUAAAUCUUCCACUACCGGAUCACAUUCAACUAUCCAUUGAUGAUUACCGUAAUAAAUUGUACGAAAUGAUGAAUCAGAAAAAGACCCAUGUUAAACGAAUACAACAUGAAAAAAUCAAAAUUGUAGGUUUUUUUGUUUUCCCUUAA